UUUUUGUUUACCACAAUUCAUUUUCUAUUGCUUUUAAAUAACACUUAGGAGGUGAUCCAUUUACACCGGUGUUUGUUUUGACUGGGUCAUAAUCAGUUGCCGCAGUAUCAGUUUCCGACCUAGUGGAAUUCCGUUUCCGCCCGAGAUCCGGUGUAAUCGCAUAUGAGCUCCUGUAAGAAAAAAAAGGAAAAUCUCCCAUAUGAGUUUAUCCCCAGGAGACCACGAUGUAUUCUCCACGAUCUCCCCUCGCUAGAGGGCGCCACCGUCGCCACAAACCAGUCGCGUCAUUCUUCCCUUCCGUCAAACUGCCAGACCUGAUUCAUUCUCCAUGACCCCCAUCUCAUGCAAUUGGAUCUUAGCGACGCCAGAGUUUUGGUCGAGGCAUGGUGGAGACGUGAAAUCGUGGCUGGGCUGCCACUGAGGAGAUCUUUUGGGUUUUGAUUGAUGCGCUCUAGAUUGAUUUUUUCUAAUCUGCUAUGUCUUGUGAGGGCUGAUGCAAUUUUUGUUCUUCCACGUGCUAUUUUUUUUCCACAGAUGAAAUCCCUUCUAAUCAUUGAAAUUUUUGUAAAUUGGUGCUGGACGUAAAUGAUUCAAAAUACCAAUUUGUAUCCUUCGUUGUUUGGUGGUUUGAAUUCCAUUUGUGGAUGUUCUUCCUAGUUGCAUCCUACAGGUUAAAGAACACAGACCUAGCUUUGCAAUUAGUUAACGUCAUAUUUCAUGACGCAGCUCAUGAAAGCCCGGGACCAACAGCAGCAGUUACCUCAACAGCGGCAGCAGCAACCACAGCAUAUACAAAUGCAACAAAUGUUGUUACAAAGAGCCGCACAACAGCAGCAGCAGCAACAUCAGCAGCAGCAGCACCAACAUCAGCAGCAGCAGCAGCAGCAGCAGCAGCAACAGCAGCAGCAGCAACAGCAGCAGCAGCAGCGUAGAGAUGAUUCUUAUCUUCUUAAUGGUACUUCAAGUGGACUUUCUGGAAACAAUCCUUUAAUGCGACAAAACCAAAGUACUGCAAAUGUUAUGGCGACCAAAAUGUAUGAGGAGAGGUUAAAGUUGCCUUCCCAGAGAGACUCGUUGGAAGACGCAUCUAUGAAGCAAAGGUAUGGAGAAAAUGCUGGGCAACUACUUGAUCCAAAUGAAACAUCACUGAAAGCAGCUGCAAGUGGACAAUCCUCAGGGCAAAUUUUGCAUGGUUCCAUUGGUGGUUUGUCGGGCACUAUGCAACAAAUUCAGGGUAGAAGUCCCCAACUUCCAGGGCAUGCUCAGCAGAGUAUCAAGACAGAGAUAAAUCCCAUUUUGACACCUAGAGCUGCUGGUCCUGAGGGGUCAUUCAUGGGUCAACAAGGAUCUAAUCAAGCUGCCAAUAAUUUGACUCUCAAAGGAUGGCCACUCACACAGGGACUUGAGCAACUUCGGUCUGGAAUUCUACAGCAGAAGUCAUUCAUGCAGAAUCAACAUCAAUUGCAACAACAGAUCCAAUUUCUGACUCCACAACAACAGCAGCAGCUUGCCUUGCAGGCGCAGCAAAAUAUGGCAUCCCCAACAUCUAGUGAUGUUGACAGCAGAAGAUUGAGGAUGAUGUUUAACAACAGAAAUGUAGUUCUUGGGCGGGAUGGGCAGACAACAAGCGGUGGAGAUAUCAUCCCAAAUAUUGGCUCUCCUAGUCAAAGUGGUGGUGAUAUAGACAUGCUAAUAAAGAAGAAAAUUGCUAAUGCACACCACCACCAGCAGCAACAGCAACAACUAUUACAACAACAAAGCAAUAGCCAACAGCAGCACCAUCAGGCUGUCUCUAGUCAGCAGUCUCAAAGCUCAAAUCAGCUUCUCCAACAAGAAAAGCCAGGAACUGGAAAUAUGCCUGUUGAUGGGGGCAUGCCGAAUUCUUUUGGGGCCAUUGAUCAAUUAACGAAGAAAAGAAAGAAGCCUGGCUCUUCCUCGGGUAGAGCUAAUAGUUCAGGAACUGGAAAUACUGCUGGCCCAUCUCCAGGUUCUGCACCCUCGACACCUUCCACUCAUACACCAGGAGAUCCGAUGCCAGUACCACAACUUCAGCAGAAUGGUGUUUCAGCAAAACCCUUGGUAAUGUUUGGCUCUGAUGGCACUGGAAGCUUGACUUCUACCGCGAACCCACUGGGUGAUGUGGACCGUUUGCUGGAAGAAGGAUUGGAUGAAAAUGUUGAAUCUUUUCUGUCACAGGAUGACAUGGAUCCCAGGGAUACCUUGGGACGCUGCAUGGAUGCCAGUAAAGGGUUUGGCUUUGCUGAGGUUGCAAAAGCACGUGCAAGUGCAAGUAAAGUUGUUUGUUGCCACUUCUCAUCCGAUGGCAAAUUGCUUGCUACUGGUGGUCAUGAUAAAAAGGUUCUUUUAUGGUGUACAGAUCCCCUGAAGCCUAAAUCCUCGUUAGAAGAGCAUUCGUUUCUGAUAACUGAUGUUCGAUUUAGCCCAAGCAUGCCCCGCCUUGCUACAUCUUCCUUUGACAAAACCGUACGGGUUUGGGAUGCUGACAAUACUGACUAUUCGCUCCGUACUUUCACGGGUCAUUCAGCAUCUGUGAUGUCACUUGAUUUUCAUCCAAAUAAAGAAGAUAUUAUUUGCUCCUGUGAUAGUGAUGGGGAAGUCCGCAGUUGGAGCAUUAACAAUGGUAGCUGCCUGACCUGUGUCAAGGUUUUUAAGGGAGGUGCCACUCAGAUGAGAUUUCAACCCUGCAAAGGAAAAUAUCUAGCAGCUGCAUCAGAGAAGGCUAUCUACAUACUUGAUGGGGAGACACAGCAUGCUUGUAGAAGCCCUUUACAGGGUCAUGCAAAGGACAUUCAGUCAGUUUGUUGGGACUCUGCGGGUGACUAUCUCGCUUCUGUUAGUGAAGAUGCUGUCAGAAUAUGGUCAUUUACUUCUGGGCAGGAUGGUGAAUUUGUGAAUGAGUUGAACUGCAGUGGGAACAAGUUUCAAACAUGUGUUUUCCAUCCAGCUCACCCUUCUUUGCUCGUCAUUGGUUGUUACGAGUCCUUGGAACUUUGGGACAUCAGGGAGAAGAAUGCCAUGACCUUUAACAAUGCUCAUGACGGUUUAAUUGCAGCCCUAGCAGCAUCGAGCGCAACAGGCAAGGUUGCCUCAGUUAGUCAUGACAGGCUUGUCAAGCUCUGGAAAUGACUUGUAAAAUAGUGACUGUUGUUUGUUGACUUUUACAUUCUGUUGCUAGAUUUUAUAGAGAACAUGAUGGUUCAGAUAACCACAUGACAAGAAGGUACUAGCUAACAAAAGGCAGGUUUGCGAUUUGUGGUUGUCUUAGUUGUAUCUUGUAUGCUGCUUCUCAAGUUUGUAACUCGUUACAGAAUGGGCUGUUUGCCUGCUGUUACAAUGAGGACUUUGUGCUGAUUAAAAGUUACAGAACUA